AUGUCAAAUUACCCUUUUUUGGACGAGCCUUCAUCAAUAUCUGAGCCCACUACUACGCACGAAGCUAAACGAACAUCCGUUAUUUUGAACUGUGUCGGUUCAUCAUUACCCAUGUUGAGCACAUGGGUUGCCACUGGCAUUCAAGCUUUCUACAAUGCAUUUUGCGCAGAACACACAUGUCAGUCAGGACUGACGUCGCAUGCUCUUACUGUCGAUGGCGAACUUGUUUAUCAGCGCAACCUUGGGUUGGAGUUACUUAUCUUGCAGGCAAAGAUGCGCCGCGCCCAAGCUGAGAUAAACCUCUAUACAGUGGCCAUUGAAAAUGCCCACGAAUGUGACCGCUCUACCACUAACAAACUAUCGUUUUCCAGUGGAUUUAUUCCACCACCUCCAUCAGACAAAAUGUGUUACCACGAGGUGGAUCGUGAUAAUGUGACGGAUGACUUUGAUGAUUUCGAAUUUGAGUAA